UCUCUGUUUUUUUGUUUUUUGAAUAACUUUUGGUCUUCUUUUCCAACCAAUGGCUGCGUCUGGCGCUUCUGCUUUGUCCCAGCAGCACGACUUUACAGAAGGCCUCAACGACAAGGAGCGAGAGGCAUUCCAGAUCCUGCAGACACUCGUCCGCUCGGGACGGCUCCCACCCCAGGUCGAUCUGACUGGCGCACCAGUCGCAUCCGCCGCAGCAGGAAGCAGCAAGGACAAGAACGCCAAGCAGCAAGAGCAGGACGUCGUCCUCACUGAACAAGACAUCAAGUUUAUCGACCAGGCAUGCAUCCUCCGGUACCUGCGUGCGCGUAACUUUCAUGUGCCAAAAUCUGCUCGCAUGUUGAGAGAAUCGGUAGAGUGGCGCAACUCGCAGGGCGUAUACAAGCUGUCCAUCACAACCCAUCCGUUCAUCGAGACCUCGUUGGCGCGCGCCAACAUGUACAUGAACGGCCGCGACAAGGGCGGACGACCCAUCAUUGUGCUGCGCCCCAACAUUUACCACGACCCCCACUCGAGCGAGGAAAAGCUCUUCUUUAUGUGCUAUGCCCUGGAGCAGGCCUUCCGCACCAUGGAGCCCCACAUUUACCAAAUGACCUGGGUGUGCUCACUGGACGGCUACUCGAUGAAGCACAACGGCGACCUCAAGUUUGCUCGUGAGCUCCUCAACAUGCUGCAAAACCACAACCCCGAGCGCCUCGGCCAGGCAUUCUUCCUUGAUGUUCCAUUCCUCUUCCGCGCAGCAUGGAAGGCCAUGAGCCCGUUCAUUGACGAAAAGACCAAAAGCAAGGUCCACUUUGUCGCAAACUCGAAUCGCACUGAAUAUCUCGCAAAGUACAUUGAUCUCGACGUGCUCGAGGCCUGCUUUGGUGGAACCAACCGAUUCCAAAUCGAUCACCACCAGUACGUCAAGAAGAUGCUCGAUCUUGAAGGCGUCGACCACUCGACAUUCAAAUCGACCUUUGGCACCGAAGCCCCUCCCAAGCCGCGGUAUUCCAAGACUGCCACCAAUGACAUUGACCCAGCCGAGGCCGCCGCUGCCCGCGCCAAUCUUGAGAAGGACGCCCCGGACGCUGCUGCUGAAGCCGAGGCCGAUGCCGCCGCCGCUUCGGCCGAGUAAUUCAAAAGAAAACAACAACAAAAACCAAGAAUGUUUGGUCUUUGAGCCAUGUGGUUUUAUUGGCCAACACAAACGAGCUCUUCAACAGCUGAAUGUCACUUUAAUAAAAAUCAAUGCCUGCUUA